AUGGCUGGCGGCGUUUCGAGUCGAACUCGUAGCAAGAAUGUUCAGUUGUUCAAUAGUCUUUCCCUUGAUGGACCAUCUUCUUCUAAAUUAAAGCGUAGUAGAAAGAAUUAUGAAGAUGAAACAGGUUUUGACUCUGCUUCUUGUUCUAAAAAAACUAGGGUAAAAGAAAAGCCUUUUGUUUUGUCUCAAAACAUUAAGGUUAUUUGCAUUGAUGAUGAUGAUGAUGAUGAUGAUGAUGAUGAGAAGAUGUUUGAGGGUGGCGGUGAUGUCAAAAGAAAAGUAGGGAGUGAUGAAAGUGGAAGAAUUGAUGGGUUUGAUGCUAAAAAAAACGUAGAGAAUGUUGGAGGAAGUCAUGAUGACUUUGUUGAUAAAGAUGAAAACUUUGUUGAUGAAAAUUGUGAUUGGACAUCUGAAAACCUUGUUGAUGAAAACUGUGAUUGGACAUCUGAAAACCCAAUUACAAAUUCAGAUGAUGAAUCUGAAUCUGAUGAAGAUGAAAGUGAGACUAGUGAUGAAGAAUUUCAAGUUAAUGAUUCUUCUUCUUAUGAAAAUGAUGAUGAUGAUGAUGAUGACGACGAUGAAGAGGAGGAGGAGGAGGAGGCGAAAGAAGAGAAGAAAAAUGUUUGGAGAAAGUACUACAGUGUGGUGGAGGAGCUGGUGAGAAAGGUGAAAGAUGAAAAAAGUGGAGUGAAAGGUGGAAAAAGUGGAGUUGAGGAGGUAGAGAUUGAGAAUAGUCCUUCUUCUGUACACAAUGAAGAAUCGGAGAAUGCAGAUUACGGUAGUGUAACAACCUCUAGUGCUUUAGAGAAGAAGGGUUAUUUUGAUCCUAUGAAAGCUUGUUGUUCUUCAAACCUGAAUGAAGCUUUCUCAGAGACAACAAAAGCAAAAAGUGUGGAAAAUGUCUCUCUUGAUGAUGAUGAUGAUGAUGUUAAUGAAAGUGUGACAGUUGAUGAUUAUGAUGAAGGAAAAGAGCAAUGUGUCCGAGGUUUAGGUGUUGAAAGAGUUUCUUUAUUUCAAACGAAACAAGAAAAGCUAGGGGAUUCAGAUAAACACACAAUCAUGGAGAGCAAAGAAAGGGAUCAUGAAGGUAGAGCUAACAUCUGUAAUGGUGAGAAGAAAGAAUCCAUGGAUAACAAUGGUUUGAUGAAUCAAAGGGAUAAAAACACACUUUUUCUGCCAAAGGAAUUGCGCUUGACUAAACGCCUUGCAGAAUUCUACUGGGGAAACAAGACUACAGUGAAGAAUGAUGAUUCCAUUGUGAUGGAGGUGAAGGGUGAUGUCGUUGAUCAGCAGCCACCACUGGUUUCUGUUGAGACGCAUCCAUUGAUAUGGAGCCUUAAGAAGGUGAAAAAAUUGCAAAAGACCAAAGAGGAGGAGGAGGAGGAACUGUUAUGGGAUGAAAUGAAUGCAUCCCUUAGAGAAGAAGAAGCUGAAUCUAUGAUUGGAAAUUUAGGGGCAAAUGGAAAAAUGGCAAGUCCAUAUUCUCUCUGUGAACAUAAUACUUUUCUCGACGAAGAGAUUGGUGUAUAUUGCAAAUUGUGUGGUUUUGUUGUCACUGAUAUCAAAGAUGUCUCACCACCAGUGGUUGAUAGAUUUCCCAACGAAGGUUCGGGAAAAAGAGCUUCGUUUGAUAAUUCAGUAAAUAUCUCACGCUUUGAUGGAUCUCAGUUCAAUGUUUCUGAUGGUGGUGACUCAGAAGCUAAUCAUUUCUUUCAUGAUAAAGGCACAGUUUGGGACCUGAUUCCUGAUGUGAAACACACUUUAUAUCCUCACCAACAAGAAGGAUUUGAGUUCAUUUGGAAAAACUUGGCAGGAAACAUCAAUCUUCGAGAGUUGAAGUACGCCGAUCCUCACAGAGAGGGUGGCUGUAUUAUUUCGCAUGCUCCCGGAACUGGAAAGACAAGGUUGACCAUAGUGUUUCUCAUGGCUUAUUUGAAACUUUUCCCGGAGUGUCAUCCUGUUAUUGUUGCUCCUGCGAGUUUGUUACUUACUUGGGAAGAUGAGUUCAAAAAAUGGGACAUUGGAGUUCCAUUUCACAAUUUUAACAAUCUUGAAUUAUCUGAUAAAGAGUAUAAAGUUGCUGUUAAUGCGGAUAAUUGGUAUAAUUCACCUCAUAGUAAAGAUGCAACACGAAAGGCGAAACUGAUUUCAUGGUUCAAAGAAAAGAGCAUUAUGGGAAUCAGUUACAAUUUAUACGAGAAGCUAGCCGGAGGAGGAGGAGAGUCCGAAGAUAAGGAAAAGAAAAAAUAUGCAAGUGUGAAGAAGACAAAAGAAAACAGUGAUAUCGGAAAGGUUCUACGUGAAAUUCCUGGUUUGUUGGUGCUAGAUGAAGGACACACACCAAGAAAUCAAAGAAGUCGUAUUUGGAAGGUAUUGUCGAAGAUUCAAACAAAGAAGCGAAUUAUACUUUCCGGAACUCCUUUCCAGAACAAUUUCUAUGAACUUUACAACACUUUGAGCUUAGUGAAGCCUUCUUUUCCUAACACCAUACCGUGUGAGCUGAAGAAGUUUUGCCAGAAGCAGGAACCUAAAAAAACGUUGAAAGAAUGGAGCUGGGAACCGAUUUAUGGCAACAGAAGAGAAAAUCCUUGUGACAAUAAGAUCAUGCAAUUGAAGUUUCUAAUGGAUCCCUUUGUUCAUGUUCACAAAGGCGCGAUCCUUGAAAAGAAGCUUCCUGGACUAAGAGAUUGUGUGCUGGCUUUGAAGCCGGACCUUUUGCAGAAACAAAUUCUUGAGAGCAUUCAAAGUUGUCAAAACAGGUUGAUCUAUGAGCAUAAACUGACAAUGGCAUCCGUCCAUCCAUCUCUUUUGCUGGAAUGCGGUCUUUUGGAAGAAGAGGAAUCUGUUAUUGACAAGAACCGGUUAGAAAAGCUUAGGUUGAACCCCUACGGAGGGGUGAAAACAAAGUUUUUGGUGGAGUUUGUGAGACUUUGUGAUGCUGUUAAUGAGAAAGUUCUUGUGUUCAGCCAAUUCAUCCGUCCUUUAAGCUUAAUAAAAGACCAAUUAAACACGGCUUUUAAUUGGAGCGAAGGGAAGGAAAUGCUGUACAUGGACGGAAAGGUUGAUCUAAAGGACAAACAAUCCUUAAUCCAUAGCUUCAAUGGUGAAAAUUGCCAAGCAAAGAUUCUCCUUGCAUCGACAAAAGCUUGCUCCGAGGGAAUUAGCUUAGUUGGAGCUUCAAGGGUGGUGCUACUUGAUGUUGUAUGGAAUCCGUCUGUCGAGAGACAGGCUAUAAGCAGAGCAUAUAGGAUUGGACAGAAGAAGGUUGUAUACACUUACCAUCUGCUCACACAAGGGACUACGGAAUACCUAAAAUAUUGCAAGCAGGCGGAAAAGGAUCGGUUAUCUGAACUUGUUUUUUCAACUAAAAAUACUGAUAACGAUGAGUUCAAGAGCUGUGCAGUGGAGUUUGAAGAUAGAGUUCUUGAUCAAAUGAAACAGCAUGAAAAGCUCAAAGACAUGUUUGCUGAGUGUGUGGUACAGCCCAAGGAGCGCGAUUUGGUUGAGACUUUCGGCCAUUCAUUAUGA